CGUUUCUGGAAGAGGCCCUGGUUUUUUGUUCGGGUAGCUUCCUUGGGUAGGUAGAUAUGAUAUUGAAUAUGCUUCAAAGCUAAUCAUCGCCCCCUCUAUACUCAUGUUCUAACUCCUACAUUCUCGAACAUACAACUUUGCUUUUUUUAAAACAUUCGAAAGUAACAUCUUUCAAGAGAGAACGUUCUUCAAUAUAUACUUAUAAUGACCAAUCGGACAGUCUGCUCUCGCAUAUCAAACAGAAAUAACAACUUCUUAUCUGCUCCCACACGAAAUGACUUCCCUACCGCGAUUCCACUUAGUGACUAGAUGGGUCGCGGUGCAGGGAUGUGAUAAGAGAAAGAGUUUGGUUCAUUGUCUAAAAUAAUAUUUUCAGCCAUUGCUUCCCCAAAACCUUCCAGCCAAGUCAUUGUUCGUCGGCCAAAGCGGAUUAUUCAUACUAAGCACUUUGGAAGAUUUGCGAAGAGGAGCUUUGAAGACUAAAAUGAUGAGGUUCGAACUUCCUCCCACAUUUUGUGUCAAAGUCCAAGGACAUGCCCAGAAGACACUGCUCGUCGGCUCAGGUCUACUAUUUGCUUUGGCAGAUGGCUAUCUUGAUCAACUAAAAGCAUCGGCGACGCACAAAGUCGUAGCUUCCUGUUUGAAGUCGAUAACGGUGCCAUUGUAGAUCCGGUAUUGAAAAGCUUCUUUGUGUUUGAAAAUAAGAUGGAAUUUUCAAUCGCUCUUGUGAUAGAUACAGAAGAUCAUUUGUGGUGUGCAGUCUUCAAUGGUCGGAAAGUCAUCGGGAUAAGCCCUGAGGGUAAAACAGUUGGAGCAUGUUGUGCGUCUAGGGGUGAGAGAGGGACCUUACUGCCGGCGGAUUCUCUAGGACCCGUGAAAUAUUAGCGAUCAAAUCAAUGUGUAUAGGGGCUUACUCUACUUGAAUAAAUCAGUUUUCCAAAUCUUACUGGCCUCUACCGACGCUUUUUCAUACAUGUCGACGACCGAGCGAGUUGUUAAAAUUGAAUAUCUUGAGCGGCGGCCUUGAUCUGAAUUGAGAUGAGUCCCGGUGGCUGAAGUGUUGUAUUGAGUACGGUUCGUAUAACAUAAGGAUAAAAAAUGAUUUUGCACAUGAAGCGUGAUAUUCAAAGUGAAUACCUUUGAGUGCACUGCCUUUUGAUCACGUGGUGGUGGUGGUGACAGUCCAUCUUGCGAGGUGCCUGUCAAUGACUCCUCUGACUUUCAGACAACCACAAAGAUUUUUCUGUCAAUCUCAGUUCUGAAUCUCUUCAAUAAUAUUCUCAAGAGACUUAAACAGGACUUCUCUUGAAGGCAACGUCUUUCAACCCAUCAUUUAAUAUGGCAAGCUCGACUCCAACAAAACGCGACGCCGAUGGCAAUGGCAAUGCGAAGAAAGCGAUGAAACCCAUAAUACUCAAGCGUCCAGGCUUUGAGAACGAUAUCCGCCUCAAGGUAUUUGGUCAGGAAUACCAUGCUCACUCCAUCAUCUUGAAGCUUCACUCCGCAUACUUUCGGAAGUUCCUAGAUUCUGCAGACAAGGUUCCCGCUGCAGAGACAUCGCUUUUUUCCUACGAUUAUGUCUCUGUAGUUGAUGACGAUAGAGAAUGGGGUUUGGAAGCAGUGAAACUGUAUGUUGUUUUGCAUCUUGUUUUAUCUAUUCUUUUCUCGACAGUUAGGCAAGAAGACUGACUUAUCGUAGUCGCCCAGUUUCCACAAAGACUCUAGUACAAACGAAGUGAAAGCCCCGCGGACUGAGAGAUCUGGAAGGCGCGCUUUUAAUGCAUUACUCUUUGCUUUCUACAAUAUACCAUACACCAUCGGUAGUUACGACUGUUUCAUGGAUAUCUACCGCUUAGCAGACUUUUAUUGUGCUCUUCCUGCCUUUUCGCAUUCUUUGGAUUCCGCAUUGCAUAGGAGUCCCAUAUUUACGGAGUCAAUCCGCCGCAACAGCAAAUCUCUACUUCGAAUUGCUAAGAAGCUCCAUCACCCUGUACUCUUCCGAGAGUGCUUGAUUUAUCAGGUUGCCGAGAUAGAGUGCUUUCACAAGAGGGAGUCUUGGAUAUCGAAAUUUGACGAUGAUAAAGAGCUAAAACUUUCUUUUAUGAUGGCACUCACACGCGUUCGCUCUUUACAAGAUUAUAUUGAUCAAUCUAUCAUAUCUAGCGCGGAAGAGGUGCCAAGUUUUCGUAACUUUUUGACAGAGAGAGGGGAAGUAAUGUGGAGAGAAGGAUCAUAUGACGCAGCGGGUUACCGGACUUUGUUGAACCGUCUUCAAGAUAGAAACCAGGAGCAUAUGGUCGGGUUGGCGCUUCUAUUAGAAUGGCUUCCUAAAUUGUUGACGAGCAACGUGGUUCUAGAUAGGAGCGGAGCACGUGUUGGCGACAUUGGGCCUGAUGGGGACGACGACGAUGAGAGCUUCUUUUGUGCUCAAAUCCGGGACGCGGAUCUUCCCUGGGAUCAGGGUAGCAUAGACUGGUAAAUAGAGUGGCUGUAGUCUGUAUAUUAAGCUUUUCUCCCAUGGAGUAGUGAGGGAUAAGAUUUGACGUAUGAGGAAUAGCCAUUGAGGUUGUGGCUGUGGUUGUGAUUGUGAAGAAGACGAAAGUUUUUGAUGUACGUUGCUUAAAAAAUAGCGGUUUAACGAUUCUCAACAAAAUGACUUGAAAGCUCAAUAACACGAGAGGCUUCAAUCUUUAACUCCAAUCCAAUGUAUCACUAUCCAAUGUCU